UCUUUUUCUUUUCUCAAUUGCAUUACAAGUUCUCGGUUUUAUUUUGUGUGCCAACCAUGGCCAUGUGCCAACACUGAAGGGGAAAUUCCUCAAUUGCAAGUCUCUAUAAUUUUGUCCGUCUUUGUUAUUGUAUUCUCGAACGCUGACCUAUCAAACUGCAAGAAAACAGCUAACGCUCUUUACACCUCAAAUAACUUACUUUUUUAACUUCGUAUGGUAAAUAUUUUUAUAAUUAAUUUGAUGAUCGUUCAUGCCUUCGCAUAACUAAUUGUGUUCCCAUGAUAACCAGACACGUCAAUGACCUAAUUUGGUGUUAUUAAGAAUUUGGCGGUAUAUAAAGGCUCCCUAGCCUUCGUUCAGCCCCUUGUGACCGCCAAACCAUCACCAACUUACAGUUUCGAAUGACUGAUAGACUACGACAGAUUUACAGAGCUGUUUUGAUUCAGAUUUCUCGCGAUCUGGACAAAGAACAGUGUAAAGAACUUCAAUUUCUCUGUACUGAGCUAGUUCCAAGACGAAAUGAAGGAGUUCUGAGCCUUUUCCGUUCCUUAGAGGAAGCUGCGAAGAUGUCUUGGGUCGACGUUACCUUCCUGGAGGAAUGUAUGCACGAUAUUGGGAGAGAAGAUCUAGUUGUUAGACUGACUACUUUUCAAAGAAAAAGAGACCUUUCCAUUCUUCUCAAUUUCUAUGUAAAGAAGAGAAAUGGAUUGCAUCCCUUUGACCAGUCAUCGGCGUCGAACGCGGCCGAGUAUCUCGUUCAACUCAUGGAGGGUUUUCAAGGCAGACUAGAUGUUAGAGGAAUGCUCAGAAGCUCGGGCAAGAAUCCGAAAGAUCUCUGGCUACAUUUUGUAAAGGAAUGUAGUCCUCCGCAAAGCAUGACGUGGGGUAAACUUUCUAUGCUAGUCGCAAUUGCCGGGGAAAUAAUUGCCGUAUCUUCAUCCUUCUCCGAAAAAAUACCAGGAGAACAGGAUGAAGCCAUGAAGAUGUGCAUAGCAUUGGCAGAUGAACUUUGCCAUCCCAUGCUUCAGCUUGGAACCUGGAACGACUUCUGUGCAUAUGUGAAGAAAAAACACAAUCAGGUGUUUCGUGGACAAGACAUUGGACGCAGCCCUAACUUGUCUUGGGAAAGACAAAUAGCCAACACAGUCAAAGAGCUAGAGAAGGCCAUCUUUUCCCAGUAGAGGUAUUCUCUUGACUAGGGGCCUCUUAACCAAGCUUUUUUCAAUUUAAAUAAGGCAACAACUAGGUUCAGCAAAGGCCUAAUAUGUUUGCAUCUCGUAUCAAUUUAAAGAUGGCAACUACUAGGUUCAGUAAAGGCCUAAUGUGUUUGCAUUUCAUAUCAAUUUAAAUAAGGCAACUACUAGGUUCAGUAAAGGCCUAUGUUUGCAUUUCGUAUCAAUUUAAAGAAGGCAACUA